UAACCUCUGUCAUAACCACAAAAUAUCCCCCUACCCAGGGGAUAUGUUCUGUGGUCAUAACCUUAGUUUAGCUCAUAACAUGUUUCACUGUUACGGCAUGUUGUUUUUUAUUUUUUGAGUGUUUAAGAGGCCAAAAUGCAGGUUUCUGAGUCCAACAACGUGAAAAUUUACAAUUUAAGCACUGGAAAGUCGCUUCCAGAGUGGUUAACUGAGAGAAAGCGACGUGCUCUACUGAAAAAGAAUGUUGAUAUCAAAAGGCGGAUUGAGCUCAUUCAGGACUUUGAUAUGCCUGGCGUGAGCAACACAGUGAGAGUGUCAAAGGACGGGAACUACGUUCUGGCUACCGGGAUCUACAAGCCCCGCAUUAAGUGCUUCGAUGUGAAUAACUUGUCUCUGAAGUUCGAAAGGUGUUUUGAUUCAGAGGCAGUCACUUUCGAAGUCCUCAGUGACGAUUACAGCAAACUGGUUUUUCUGCAAUGCGAUCGCUAUUUGGAGCUUCACGCCGCUUAUGGACGUUAUUAUCGGCUGCGGAUACCGAAAUUUGGACGCGAUAUGAAAUAUCAUCCCCCAAGCUGCGACCUGUUUGUUGUAGGGGCAUCUUCAGACAUUUACAGACUGAAUUUGCAAAGGGGCCAAUUCAUGACUCCGUAUAGUACUGAGGCUUCGGAAAUUAAUAAAUGCGUCAUAAACCCCGUCCAUCAUCUAUUGGCUUGCGGCACUAAAGAAGGUCGAGUUGAAGCUUGGGAUCCAAGAGCUAAAGAGAGAGUGGGCGUUUUGGACUGCGCUUUCACUUGCCUCAACGAAAAUAAAAGGUUGCAGGGAUUUCCUUCGGUCACCGCUUUGCAAUUUAACGGCGGCGUUCAGAUGGGUGUGGGUACGGCCACUGGCCAAAUUCUCCUUUACGAUAUUCGCUCAGACAAGCCAUUCAUUGUCAAGGACCACAUGUGUGACCAACCGAUAAAGGAUUUGGCGUUUCAUUAUCAGCAAGACCUUAUUUAUUCUCUCGAUGAAUCAGUGCUGAAGAUCUGGAACAAAAAUAAUGGUAAACUGUAUACUUCCAUAGAUUCCUCAAUUGGGUUCAACAAUUUGUGCAUUGUGCCAAACAGUGGGCUAUUUUUCAUGGCCCAGGAAAGUACGAAGAUCCAAACGUACUUUAUCCCAAGUUUAGGCCCUGCUCCAAAGUGGGCCAGUUUCCUCGACUCUUUAACCGAGGAACUUCAGGAGUCUACCACGGAAACCGUCUAUGAUGACUACAAGUUCGUAACAAAGCAAGAGUUGGAAGCGCUCGGUCUGGAACAUUUGAUUGGCUCAACAGUGCUCAGAGCAUACAUGCACGGAUAUUUCCUCGAUGUGCGAUUAUACAAAAAGGCCAAAUCAGUGGCCGAUCCCUUCGAGCUGGAGGGAUACCGCAAGAAGAAAAUCAAGGAAGCCAUUGAAAAGCAACGGGAGGGAAGAGUGGAACUGUACAAACUACCGGCUGUAAACAAACAGCUGGCGCUGAAGAUUAUGUCCGAUCAAGCCAAUGCCAAGAAGAAGAAGCCAGAAUCUGCAAAUUUGUUGCAGGACAACCGAUUCAAGGCCCUGUUUCAUAAUCCUGACUUUGAGGUGCAAACCACCGCUGAAGAGUAUCGACUAUUAAACCCGGUGCUUUCGAACAUGGACAAUGGCAAGGCAACUAAAAAAAAGAUGUUCGGCGCUGUCCGCGAAGUCCUGCCAGAUGAUGCAGAGGAGAUUGAGGAACAGGACAGUUCAAUAGCUUCUUCGGACGAGGCCAGUUCCGAUGACGAGCACACCUGGUCAAAAGAAGUGAAAAAGCAACAUCGACUGAUACAAAAGGAGCAAAGGGAGAAAGACAGGGCCGAUGAAAGGCAGCAGCUGGCAGAAGAAGACGCAGCAAAACCUCUGGGCGCAGCACGUGGCCUGAAAAUUAUCAGGCCGAAAGUGAACAAGGCUCCCCUUGGCGAGAGAGUGGCAAACGAAACCGACUCGGUUAAGUACAACUCAGUGGGGAACAGAGAAAUGACGUUUUCCACGCGGAAACGGCGCGACAAUCGAGUGGAGGAAAGCAACAAAAGGCACAAAGAGGAGAGGAAGAAGGUGGUGCGGCCCGCUUUCGGCUUUAAAGCGAAACAGAAGCCCAGAUUUAACAGAAGAAAGUCCUAAACUUGUAAAUUAUGAAAUUAAACAGUAAUUGUUGUUGCUAAAA